GUCAGUGUUUUCACUUUCAUAACAUGUUCAAGAUUAAGAUGUUAUAUUUAAUGUUAUUUGUAAUAAGUGUUUAUGGGAAAGAAAUCGAAGAUGAUAGUGGCAAAUAUCAAUAUAUGGAAAUAUUUAGAAAUAUACCAAGACUGUUUGAGUAUUUUCUAAGCAGAUUGGCGGAAAAGCCAGAAGUUUUGGAAAAAGACGAUAUAACAGUGUUUGUAAGAAGCGCGAACUUCAAUCAUGAAUAUGGCAGAGGUAAAAGGGAUGGUUAUUGUGAAGAUUUAGACAAACCUACAGAAAAAGAAGUAAAGAGAGAAACUACCUGUACUUUAUCUGAUUUACCGAAUGAAUCGAAAUCUUUAACUGCCUCAGAAACUAAAAGACAAAGUGAUAUAAAUAUUAAUGAUUCUGAUCAACAAUUCAAUAAAGAUAUUGGCGAAAUGAAAGAUGACGGUGAUAAAAAAUCUGAACAAACUAAAAGAGGUGUAAAUUCUAAUUAUAAUAAUAUAAAACAAUAUUGUCUUACACAAAGUUAUGCCAAGAAUUGUAACACUGAGAAUUGUGACACCUAUUGCAAUCACAAUGUAAAAAGAGAUGCAAUUAAUCGUAAUUAUGAAGUUGAUACGAGUAUUAGAACUACAAGAAAACAGUAUAACUUGACGAAUAAAAAACUAGACGAAAUGAAUACAAAGAAUAUUCUCAAAAUUAAAAAUGUUAAUGAGAAACUGAACAAAGUUACCAAAAAAAUUAAGAACUACGGAAAACGAUAUGCAGCUGCUGAGUCUGCGUUCUUUAAUCUAAGUCCAGAAGAUGUGGAAAAUACUGUAUUGAUGGUUGAACAAAUGCUAGAAAAACAUAACAAUAAGAAGUCCAAGGAAGUUGAUUAAAACCCUUGUUUGUGAA